AUGGCGCACUACGGUGACCCUGAGGCACAUCGAUGCAUUCUCGAAGAGAUCUCUGCGAUUCCUGUUGUGCCGCGUCUCAUGCCGUACCUCAAAGCUGCCGUGAUGGGUUCUCAGGGUUCGGACGUAGGGUUACAGCUGCUUCGCCGUUUUCCUAGCGACUAUAAACAGUCAUACCCACACCUGGAGGUGAUGCUGGCGCUCUUGUCCCUCACGGUCUAUGCAUCCAAGGCCCAUCCGGGGUUCCACGCCGAGCAGAAGCGCGUUCAGGAGCUGAUGGGGCAGAAACGGGAGGGGCUAAAGCAACAGGCAGAGCGAACUGAGGGUCUCCGCAGCUGCAGCGACGGCGGCUCUGGCAGGAGCGGUUCUGGGCUGUCGACGUUUUUGCCGAGCUCCGGGACGGCCUCGUUCCCUACUCCUUUCUCAGGCAUCGACACCAACAGUGCCUCUCCAGGUGCCGGCCUUAGUGCUGCCGUGGAGCGCAAAGAGGAGAAGCUGAAUCCGGCACAGCAAUGGGAGCAGUCAAUGGACAUUCUCAACUACUGCGAGGCCUACGUGAACUACCUUCACGGCUUCACUGAGCUGUGGUGUGAGCUCUUCGGCCCGAACUACUACUACUACGAUGACGCAGCGAACGGCAUCCUCGACGCAGACGACGACGGCGAUGGCGAGGAAACAUGGGCACGACCGCAAGAAGCGGGGAAGUGGGCGUCGCUGGGUUCGCCUGUGUCCCAUCUGCAAUCAUCACCACAGCAAUCGCGACAGCAUCAACAGCACGCUCAACGCUGUCGGCGGCCGCCACGUGUUUCCCAGGCGCCUCCGCACUUGUACGCCGUCUGCUGGAGUGACAUAUUAACCCCGCAACGUCGGGCCUGGUUCCAUGGGUUCCACAACGUGGUGAAGGAGCUUCUGGUUCGCAUUCUCCACCGCGAGCUGCCACUGGAGCUGUAUGUCCUUUUUAUUCAGUACGCAAGUUUAUCCCUUCGGAUGUACUUGCUGCAAGCAGUGGCGGAGGUGUUUGAGUGGACGUCGCACUUCAUCGACGUAAUUUACUACGUGCACGUGAUGCGACAGAGCUACGGCAUCCAGUGCGAGAUGUCGCAGCUGCAACGUGUGUGGUCUUCGUUUGGCUUGUACGACGCCCGCUUCCUCGUUGACUGCCAUGAGUUCAACAAGAUGUACACGGGGUUGCAAGGUGCCUUCUCAGAGCAGCAGGGGGUGGCGCUGAACAGGCCUACGACAGCGCCGUCCUCACUGAGCGCACAGACAGGUGCAGCGGCCACAGUGGCGGUGUUGCUGACUGCACUCGGUGACGGAGACCUGGCCCACCAGAGCUCCAGUGGUACCGGCGACAUCACUGCCCGCGCCUCCUCGUGCACACUUGCUGUCUCCGCGGCAUCGGCGACAACCCUGUCAUCUGACUUCGCUGCGGUUGCCAGCGCACGGGUGCAUCAGAUCUUUCCCUCUCGCGACGCUGCGGGCAACACAUUGUUCGAUGCCGCUGACUCCGGUCACUCCACCGGGCCUAGGACUCCGGACGAGAGGGUGCUGUCUUCCGCAAGCGACUGUGAGGCGACAGCUGCUGUUCCCGGUGAGGCGAAGCGUGCCGUGUAUCUCCCCCUUUUCUGCACCUGCUGCUGCUUCACAUGGAUACUCCAGCGCACGUUUUGGAGCUUGUACGGGCGAUGCUCGCUUCUGUUUGAAAGCUGUCUUGGGAUCGGAGUUGCACCACAGGUGUCGUCCCUUGAUGGCUCUAGUGAGUUCAACAGAGACGAUACGCCUGUGUUCUUCACCAACACCGAGCUAGGCACGCGGCGUCGCGUCGGCGUGGACAGCAGCAGUGGCGUACCAAGCUUGCCGCUCUCUCCCGCUUCUUUUAUUUCACACAUGGACAGCGGAGCCGCAGCGAGGACGCACUCUGCGUCAACCUCGGCGAUCAGCAUCACCACCACUCGGUGCAACGUGACCAGCCAUCCAAGCGCGCUGGAAACGCCCGCGCGCGAUGACGGCGCCGCCGGUAAGGGUGAGGCCGUCGCGGCAGCGGGUCGACCGCCGCAGGCAGCACAAAUGCCUUCACACUGCACGCCGUCGCCGACGUCAUCUCAGCAGCAACUGAGAUUCUCGAUUGCAGCAGCGAACACUCACCUGCCACCGCAUGCGGUAGAAGAUGGCGCACAAGCUAAUGCGGCUGUGGUGUCCCUGGCGCGGAAUGCCGCCGGGUCUGAGCAAAUUAGCGAGAGAAGGAGAAAGGAUGGCAUUGCGUUUUCUUUGGGGUGGGUGUUCAACCGGUUUGUUCAGCGAAGACAGCGUCGUCACGGCUGCGGUGCGGUGGCCGAAGGCGGUUCUGAGAGCGCAGGGGAUAUGUCAACCAUGGCAAAACGCGCCCAGCGUGAUUCCUUUCCUUCGCUAUCCAUCUCUGCCGGAACGCCGCCGCCGACCCCUGCAGGAGGUAAUGGGGCUCGAGGAGAGCGAAUAAGCUCCCUCUUUCUGGCAAGCUCAGGAGCUCCGUUUUACCUCCAGUACACCCACCGCGCAGGCGAGAUUCAGCUGUACGACAAUCCCUCCCUCACGUUCACGAACGGUAGCGUAGACAACAAAGGCGAAAACACGUUCUUCUUCGAAGAGUUCUACUUUCUUCGGGAGACGGGCUGCUAUGGUCUGUCACAUGCCGUGCGCAGCCUCACGUGCUACCCCCACUACCCAGCCACACUGCUGAUUUUGACUGACAACACGACUCGACCCGGGUGGGUCUCGUGGUGUGAUCACAAGUUUUCUGUCCUAUCUUCGUCGACAGAUGACGAAGACGGGCGGCGGGGCCUGAGACCCUGGGUGCUUAGUGCGGUUAUCCCCAACACGCGACUCUCCUCCAUUCAUAGCGUACGAGUGAAGCAGGAGGAGGCACUUUUGAAGCACAUCGUAUUUCAGGUCGCAGGCGCGAAGAGCGAGCGCAUCUGUUUCUGCACAUCGAACUCCAUCUUCUUUGUCCUAAACAGCGGCAGUGAGAUGGAUGGCGGUCGACUCUACUUCGUGCUGCACCUGCACGUCGAUCUCUCCACCCAGAGGCAGUUUGAUUCCUCUAUCGAUACGGUGAUGAAGGCGGAGAGUCAGUGGGCGUUUCUGGCGCUCGGCGAGCUUCAUGUCAGUUGGGCCAUGUCGUGCACGUGCAACGAGGCGUUGCGCGUUGCAUUCCAGAUUGGCUCAGGAGAAGAAAAAUUAUAG